UUCACUCUUGAAGUCAAUAUCAUUGCCAAAAAAACUGUAUGGAAGGAGCAGACUGGCUCUGAUGAUGAAGAUGAGUCAAAUGAGCAAACCUUCAUGUAUUAUGUGAACGACGGAGUAUAUGGCUCAUUUAACUGCAUUCUCUAUGAUCAUCCACAUGUGAAGGCCCUACUGCAGAAGAGACCCAAGCCAAAUGAGAAGUAUUACUUGUCCAGCAUCUGGGGGCCAACUUGCGAUUCCCUUGAAGGGAUCGUUGAACGCUGUCACCUGCCUGAAAUGCAUGUGUGUGAUCGGAUGCUCUUUGAGAACAUGGGUGCCUACACUGUUGCUGCUGCUUCUACUUUCAAUGGGUUCCAGAGGCCGACCAUCUACUACGUAAUGUCACGGCCAAUGUGGCAACUCAUGAAGCAGAUCCAGAGCCAUGGCUUCCCGCCGGAAGUGGAGGAGCAGGAUGCUGGCACUCUGCCCAUGUCUAGUGCCCAGGAAAGCGGCUUAGACCGUCACCCAGUAUCCUGUGCUUCCACUAGUAUCAACGUGUAGAUGCCGUUCUUGUAGCUCUUACCUGCAAGUUUAGCUCAAGUUAAGGGAUUUUGGGGGACCAUUUAACUUAAUUACUGCUAGUUCUGGAAUGUCUUUGUAAGAGUAGGGUUGGCACCAAU